AUGGAUAUCUGUUGGAAUUUAUGGAUUCUCAACUAUACAUCACGUGCUGAUUUCAUUACACAACUUACUUUGGAACAAGUUGUUGUCCUCAAGAAUAAGCUGAGACUUCUCAGAGAUUUCCACUUCUGCAAUACAAGAGGCAGGAUUGUACAUGAGAAACUUGAGUAUCUGUCUACACAGGUGCGGACCAUGGCUUUUGAAAUUGCACAUCUUUGUUUUACCUUUUGGGCUGAAUUCAACAUAGACUGCAUCGAUAUAAAGAAAUCAUUUCGCCUUAUAUGUGAGAUUGAGCUUAUUGAGCUGGAGCUGCAAGAUAUUUUCUUGAAUGCCACAAGAGCUUCACUGUGGUCAAAUUCAGAAAUUUCAGCCAAGAUUAAACAGCCAGAUAACUUUGCCAAAUUUCUCUGGGGCAAUCUAUCUGAGCUACAGAACAGCAUGGCCAGUUCAGAUGUUCCUAUGAAUGCUCAAAUUCUAAAAGGGAUAGACAUCUUAAAAAGUUAUCUUACGGAGUUUGUGCCAUCAAAAGAUGUCUUAGCAUGCAUCGCAUCUAUUGUCAAUGAGGCAAGAUUUUUUGUUCACAAGAUCAAGGAUAACACAAUUAAUGGAGCCAAAGAAGGUGACAUGCAGCUUGCAACUUCUGACAUUUUGGAGAAGAUUGAAUCCAAUCGUAAACAGAUUGAAGAGAUUCAUCUCGGAGAUACUGACAAACCUGUAACUGAUAGAUUGUUCCCCAUUCAGAAUCUGCUGCACAGCUUGAACAGUCUUAUGAACUCCAUGGAUAAUUCACUUGCUUCUGUGGAACAUCAAAUUGGGAUAAUACAGAAGGAGCUUGCCUUUUUGAAUUCAUUUUUCAAAAGGAAUGAACAUGAAUCUCUUGCUAAUCUUCAAGCUCGUGCUGUAGGAUUGGCUUAUGAUGCAGAAUAUGUAAUUCACUUCCUGAGGCUUAAUGAUGAUGGCUUGUGCCAUCAUCUGAGUUUAAAUGAUGUGAUAAGAGAGAUUAAGCUUAUCAAGACUGAGGUUACAAAGCUUCGUGGGAGGAUGCCUGAUAUCCCAACUCCUGGCAGUCCUGACAAUUCAGUGGUGGGUUUUGAGAAGGAAACACAAACUAUAAUAGACCAACUUACCAGAGGACCAGACGAAUUAGAUGUUAUAUCAAUUACUGGAAUGCCCGGGCUUGGUAAGACAACCCUGGCCAACAAAGUAUAUUGUCUAGAUACUGUCGCCAGUCACUUUCAUGUCCGUGCAUGGUGCUGUGUGUCUCAAGAAUAUGACCUGAAAGUCUUGAUGCACAAUAUUUACAGUCAAGUUAUUGGGUGCAAGAACCAGAUGAGAGAGGACGAUAUAGCUGAAAAGCUGAGAAGAUUCCUAAUAGGAAAGAGAUACCUCAUUGUCUUGGAUGAUAUUUGGACAACUAAAGCAUGGGAUGAGUUAAGUAGAGCUUUGCCCAAGGGUAGAAAUAGAAGCAGAAUCGUGGAUGCCAUGGAAUUCUAG